CCUCCUUUACUGGCGAGUGAGGAGGAAAACCAGCUGAAGGAAAACACUGUUGUCUAGUUCAAACCAUGGCUGCGGAGAUUCAUUCGAGGCCCCAGACCGCAAGACCGGUUCUUUUGAAUAAGAUUGAAGGGCACUCAGACACUGUCAAUGCGGCCGUUUUAAUACCAAAAGAAGAUGGGGUGAUCACGGUCAGCGAGGACAGAACCAUUCGAGUGUGGCUGAAACGAGACAGUGGUCAGUACUGGCCAAGCAUCUACCACACAGUUUCCUCUCCAUGCUCUUGCAUGUCGUACCACCAUGACAGCAGACGCAUCUUCAUAGGCCAGGACAAUGGAGCUGUUGUGGAGUUUCUCAUCUCUGAAGAUUUCAAUAAGAUGAACCACGUCAAAACAUAUCCAGCUCACCAGAACCGUGUGUCAGAUAUGGUGUUUUCCCUUGAGAGCGAGUGGGUGGUGAGCACUGGCCAUGACAAGAGUGUGAGCUGGAUGUGCACCCACAGUGGCAGCAUGCUGGGAAGACACUACUUCACUGCUUGGGCUUCCUGCCUACAAUACGAUCACGAGACGCAGCAUGCUUUUGUUGGAGAUUACUCUGGACAGAUCACGCUGCUGAAGCUGGAGAAGCAAACAUACUCCACUAUUACCACACUGAAGGGUCAUGAAGGCAGUAUAGGAGCCCUGUGGUGGGAUCCGGUCCAGAGGCUGCUGUUCUCUGGGGCCUCUGAUCACAGUGUCAUCAUGUGGGACAUCGGGGGCCGUAAAGGGCGAACGCUACUAUUACAGGGACACCAUGAGCGUGUCCAGGCCUUGCGUUACCUCCAGUUGACAAGGCAGUUGUUGUCAUGCUCAGCUGACGGAGGCAUCGCAGUGUGGAACAUGGACACACAAAGAGAAGAGGCGCCUCAAUGGUUAGACAGCGACUCAUGUCAGAAGUGUGAGCAGCCUUUCUUCUGGAACAUCAAGCAGAUGUGGGACACCAAGACCUUGGGUCUCAGACAGCACCACUGCAGGAAGUGUGGCAAAGCUGUUUGUGGAAAAUGCAGUUCAAAACGUUCCACGUUCCCACUCAUGGGCUUCGAAUUCCCUGUGCGAGUGUGUGAUGCCUGUUUUGACACCAUCAAAGAAGAAGAUCGGACACCGUUGGCCACGUUCCAUGAGGGGAAACACAACAUCGCUCACAUGGACAUGGACCCAUCCAGAGGCCUGAUGGUCACAUGUGGAAGCGACCGUAUUGUUAAGAUCUGGGAUAUGACGCAGGUGGUUGGCUGUAGCUUAGCAACAGGCUUCUCUCCGCGCUGAUUGGUCCAGCCCACUACAUGGUCCCUGUUCUUGUGCUCCACCCACUCUUCCAGUGUCAUGGAAACCCCUCUGUACAGUACACCUACCCGUCACGCCUGGGCUCUACGGCUACAACCAGGCCUGCUCUCUGUGAAUGUUCAAGUGUGUGUAUGUUGACAGUGAAGCCCUCUACAUUCUUUUCACCUCUCAUAACAAAUUCUCCUUUAAUUCCACUAAGCAUCAGUCUUACAUGUGUGUGACUGAUGACUUUUUGCUCUGAUUCAAAACAAAAAUCUGAAGCACAAUGACGUGUGUGUGUAAAUGUGUGCAUGUAUUGUAAUUAUUUCUCCAAUGGGAGGAAUGGUAUUGAUAUUAGUGUUUACAUUCUAUAUUUCUGAUGCUUCUUUUGACAAAGGUCAUUUUUAAUACCCUUGCACAGUAAAGAUAGCUUUCAAAGAAAUCGCUGACCCUUCCUGUACAAACAUACACUAGCCUGCUUAUUAAUGUGGCCCACUAACUGCAUAGUACUCAGUCACUGUAACAUGUAAAAAUCCCCAUCAUCUGUAUAUAUUCCCCCAGCAUUUAAGGUAGAUAGUGGCUUGAAAUUACUUUCUCUCUACCCCCCCCACACCUCUCUGUCUUUGUAAUUUCUUUUUCACUAGUUGGCCUUAAAUCACUCUCAGGAGGUUUUACAUUUCACUUUUCGGGGCUCUUCAUAUCAGACGUGACCAUUGCUAAUGUGUAAACGCUUAGGUAAUCCAUUCGAGAAGUCUCUUUCUCGAAAGAUGAAGGAAAUCUUUCUUUCCACUUGAAAUCGCUGCCGUAAAAGUCUAAUCCAGUUGUCAGGUGUGAGGCAUCCUGGGAGCAGACUGCAGCCUACUAGAGAGGCACCAGUCAGAAUACCCUUAAAAGUUUUAUUAGGUGUGAUCAAACUUGUGCUAACUACUUUUCAUCUCUAAUUAAAGAACAUUUAGAUCACAACUUUUCCUCUAAUGCAGAAUUGGAUUUCCUCUUCCCACAGAGGCACUUAGGUACUGGACAGGUACUCAAAAUAAAAUGUAGCACUAAAUACUGGCAUGCUGUAGUCAUUCCUGGCUAAAUUGCAGGUCAGAUCAGGGCAGCAAGUGUUCCUUCAAAAGCCUUAAAGAGAGAAGGCCACACAAACACAAAGCCUUCUUAAUAGUUUGUCGGUGCUUACGACUGUUUGCUCAUGCUCUUUCACUCACUCAUGCACUCACCUUGCAAAGCUCUGGAUGUCUGUGUUCUUUUCAUUCUGUCCAUUUUGAAAUUCCUUUCUUCUUCCCCCUCACAUCCAGUAUUUCUCAUCGUGCUCUCACCACUGCGCUGAAUUGCACAACUCAUGGUUUUGUCUUUGACUUAAACAGCAUUUUUGUAAGCUUUGAUCUGGGAGAGACGAUAGCUGGAUUUGAUGUAGCGUCCUUGUAUAUAGUGGCUAAUAUCUUCUAAUGUUAGACUAACGCUUGCCUUAUUGUAAGGGGAAUAAUGAGCAUUAUAAUGUUGGAAUUCCUAAUUUCAAAAUGUAGUCACAUUCCAGUUUUUUGAUCAUGUAGUGUAUAUUUAUAUUUGUAGUAAAGUAUUUAUCUAUUA